AUGUUGUCUGAAAAGUCGAGGCGAGGGCGGCGCAAGGCAGUGCCCGGCAGUGCCUCCCACAAUCCAGGCCUCGCCCCCACGGCUGUGCUGAGUUGUCCCCUUUUAUGGGUGUUGCAGAAAUGGAGGGAGAGAGAGACAGUGGAGAUCAGCGGGACAAACUGGAGCGUUGGCUCGCUCCAGCCUUCGAGAGGAAAACAUCCCCCUCGCCAGCAUUCCUUGCAUGACCAAGGAGGUUGGAGGGAGAUGAGGAGGAGGAAGGGGGAGGAAGACUCGAGAUACUGCUCACCGGGCUAUCCUGCGCCUGAAAGUUGAGGUGGCAGGAGGUGGAGUCCUGACCGCCACUCAUUCACCACCAUCACCACGAGGAACGCGGUUGUGCGCUCGCCCACCAUAUAAAU